GCCCCGCCCCUGAGGGGGGUGGCCUCGGGUGGGUCCCACCCCAAGGAGCUCGAAGGGACACCGGGCACCAGGCACUGGGCACUCGACGGCCAUGAGCAGGAGACUCGCGGUGGAGCUGGAGGAGGCGCGGCAGUGGAGGGGGGUCCGCGAUCUGCAUCUGCUGGGGGGCGACGUGCUGCGCUGGAGGGGGCUGCUGCUGCCUAACAACCCCCCCUACAACACGGGCGCCUUCCGCUUCGAGCUGGCCUUCUCCCCACACCACCCGCUGGCCCCCCCCCGCGCCAGGCUCCUGACCAGCAUCUACCACCCCGGCGUGGACGAGGAUGGCCACGUCUGCCAGCCCCUCACGUCCCCUGACCACUGGCAGGCCACCACCCGCGCCGUCCACGUGCUGCAGGACCUGCUGCUGCUGCUGGACGGCCCUGACACGGAGCGGGUGAUGCGUCUGGGGCUGGCCCGUGAGCUGAGCGAGCAGCCUGAAAUCUUCUGGCGACGUGCAGAGGAACACACCCGUGGCCAUGCGGAACCGCGGCCCGAGCCUCCCGGGUCCUGAGCUGAGCUCAGGACCCCAGCGCCAUUCUGAGCCCCCCCGGGGCCUGGACAUUGCCCCCACCUUGGUGCGCUAUAGGUCCCCACACUCCAUACAUAAAGUAAUUAAUUUAUUGCUGC